AUGGUGCAGUAUGAUGAUUUCAAGAACAUUAAGGUUGUCCCCAUCGGAAACGAGUUCGUUGAUGUCACCUUGCUCCAUGUUCAUCGUCAGACUCCAAAAGUUCUCCUUAAGGAUUUCAACAUCAACCAUCACCGUCAAUUCUACACACGCAAGGUUAAGAAGACAGAACUCACUUUUUGUCAUAAGCUCGCCACCAUCAUAGACGAGUUUCCUACCUUCGAUGAGAUCAGCCCUUUCUACGUCGACCUGCUUCGCUCCACUUUUCAUAGAGAUGAGUACGAGUUGUCUCUAGGUCAAGUGAAUACUGCGAGACACAUGAUUACCAACAUCUCUAUUGAUUACGUUACGCAACUCGAGUUUGUUGAAUCUUUGAAGCAGUGCAAAGCACUUAAAGCGAGUGCUGUUGGACAAAUGUUCGAUGUCAUCAACGAAAUCACUCCUGCUUUGGCUUAUCUAGAGCAGAUCAGACAACGCAUGGCAAGGCUUCCUUCCAUUGACUUAAGCACUCCAACUCUCUUGGUUUGUGGGUACCCUGACAAUGUGGACAAGGCUUGUUUUAUGAACGGAGUCAUCAUCAACAACACCGGAGCUAGUGAUCAUGAUUACACCACCACAAAGUCAGUGAAUGUUGUUGUUGGUCAUACUGAAUACAAGGAUUUGAUGUACCAAGUGAUUGAUGCACCUGGAGUUUUGAAUACGCCUACAUUCGGAGACUCUACUGUUAUCGCCACAUUGGCUCGUCAUCUUUCAUCUGCUCUUGUUUUGUUCUUUAUGGAUGUUUCAGGUUCAUGUGGUUACAGCAUUCCACACCAGGCUGCUCUUUUACAUAGCUUAAAGUCUCUGUUUCUGAAUAAACCAUUGGUAGUUGUCUGCGAUGAGACUGAUUUGAUGCAAGUAUCUGAACAAGAUUUGGAACUUAUUGAAGAGAUUACUAGUGGAAUGGGAGAAUAUGAAGAAGAAGAAGUGGGUUUGAAGAUUAGUAAUCUGACGACGGAAGAGGGUGUGAUGUUUGUGAAGAAUGCUGCGUGCGAGAUGCUGUUAAAUGGAAAAGAAAGUUUGAGUUGCAUAGCUCAGGACAAAGCUAAGGGUUUGACGAACAAAUACAUCUUGGCUCUUCAAGAAAGGAAAGACGACAUUAUUCCUCAACCUCAACCUGAUCUUGAUGAUGGUCGUAAUGUUUCUGAUGACUUGUUGGUUGAUUCAGAAAUUUCGUCUAGGCUUGCGGAGUUAGAAUCUGAAGAAGGAAUCAAGAAUGCUCAUGACGAUGAAAAAGAUGGAUUUGAGAUGGCGAAGGAACAUGUUAGUGAAGAGCACAAGGACAAAUACAUCUUGGCUGGUCAAGAAAGCAAAGACGACAUAAUUCCUCAACCUCAAAAGGAUCUUGAUGAUGGUCGUAAUGUUUCUGACUUGUUGGUUGAUUCAGACGUUUCGUCUAGGCUUGCGGAGUUAAAACCUGAGGAAGGAAUCAAGAAGGUUCAUGAGGAUGAAAAAGAUGAUUUUGUGAUGGCAAAGGAACAUUUUAGGGAAGAGCACAAGGACGUCCAACUUGUUGCCUAUGACUAUGGCAAGAUUCAACCCUUACGGGGAAUACUUAUGGAGUCAUCAUUCAAGAAUGUCUCUCAGCUUUAA